ACUGCUGACUUGUCGAGGCUUGCACGCAAGACGUCUGCCGCUCUCCCAUCGUCAUCGCUGCUUGACCGAAUGGACGUUUUAGAGAAAUUCGGUUUAGAAGAGUCUGUGAACUUGAGCUAACAAGGACUAUCAAACUUUGAGUGCAUACUUACUUCUGCAAGAUGUGUUCCACCAUUAUCCAAAUCUUAUUCCUGCUUCCACUCGUUUGUUUGACGCCACUGGUUGGGAAACCUAAGAUUGUGGAAGCGCAGAAGUUACGACCUCUAUCAAGUAUCUCCAAUGAUAUUACCGACAGCAGCACGGAGCAGACGACAUCUUCACUCGAUCACGCACUCUCUGAUAUCGAUCGCAGGAUCGAUAGUCUGGAUUCACAGAUCCAGAGUUUAAAUGUUGCAUUGAAGCAAAUUUCAGAGAGGACCCCGAGUGUUUCCGAUAUAGAGUCGGAGAAUGCCGAGCUUCGCCGAAUGCUGAGAAAUUUCGAGCGUUUCUUCGGCUCACUCUACGCGGAGAAGCCCGAAGCCUUUGACGCCGACGCAAACGCCGAAAUCAGGUUGUCGAAGCUCAACGAAUACCUUGGCAACAGGGAGGCGGAGCUUGCAGGUUUGCGCCCGGCACCAUCGACGGUGAUUGACGCAGGUGAAACGUUUGACCCGGAAGUACUUGGAAGAGCCCUCCUCCAAAUCACAGAAGAAAAUUCAAAGCUGGCUGAGAAAGUUCAGAUACUUCAAUCUAAAGUGGAUAUUACUAUUCCACGGAAAGCUACUGGUCGUGAUGACGUCAUCAAACAGAAGAGGAGACGCAGGAGCCCACGUGAUCUUCCCACACAGUCCGUAAACAAUAGUACCACAAUAACCAACGAGCAUGUAGGUAUAUACCUCACAGGUCUCAAGUUCCUGUACCUUGGUCAGAAACAAUCCGCUGCAGUCUACAAUUCUCUCUUCAUCGUAGCAUAUGCACAUAGAAGGACUCUGACUGGCAAAGAUGGAAAGGAACAGCGCUGUGAAGACUGUGAACAAAGAAAAGCUUAG